AUGAUCCCCCCCGCGGACUCCCUCCUGCGCUACGAGACGCCGGUGCUGGUCAGCCGCAACACCGAGAAGCGCUCGCCCAAGGCGCGGCCGCUGAAGGGGACCCCGCAGUUGUCGGUGCCGGCGGGGCCCGUCUCGCCGCCCAAGGGCAAGGCGCCGUCGCCCUCGGUGGACCCCAGCAAGCAGGCCGAGGAGAUCCUCAACGCCAUCCUGCCGCCGCGAGAAUGGACGGAGGAGAACCAGCUCUGGGUGCAGCAGGUCUCCAGCACGCCCAGCACGCGCAUGGACGUGGUGCACCUGCAGGAGCAGCUGGACCUCAAGCUGCAGCAGCGCCAGGCACGCGAGACCGGCAUCUGCCCCGUGCGGCGCGAGCUCUACUCCCAGUGCUUCGACGAGCUGAUCCGGCAAGUGACCAUCAACUGCGCUGAGCGUGGGCUGCUGCUGCUGCGCGUACGGGAUGAGAUCCGGAUGACCAUCGCGGCCUACCAGACGCUGUACGAGAGCAGCGUGGCCUUCGGCAUGAGGAAGGCCCUGCAGGCCGAGCAGGGCAAAUCCGACAUGGAAAAGAAGAUUGCGGAACUCGAGGAUGAGAAGCGGGACUUGGAGAGGCAGGUGAACGAGCAGAAGGCCAAGUGUGAAGCCGUUGAAAAGCGGGAACUGGAAAGGCGACAGGUGGAAGAGAAGAAGCACACCGAGGAGGUCCAGUUCCUGAAACGGACUAAUCAGCAGCUCAAGGCACAGCUGGAAGGCAUCAUUGCACCGAAGAAGUAAGCUUUCUGUCAGCCCAGUGCAAAAAGUGCCUUGAGGGGGAAAGGAGAACUCGGCUGUAGAGAAUUCUUCCUGAAAGAAUCCAGAAUCUACCUGCAUCUAAAUUGUUCCACCUCGUCUGAAUCAACAUACAUUCAAAUACUGUUCUUGCACAUUUAAAAAGAAUCUCAACUGGCUUGGGAUUUGCUUUUUCAAUUCAUAUUUACUGGAGGUAAAUAAUAGAGGCGCUUUUUUUAAAUUUAAAAAAAAAAUUGCCAGUAGUAUUUUAGUUCUGUGCAGGACUCUGCCCAAUUGCAAAACAAGGGCUGUACAAAAUGCAUUAAAAUUCAUCCUGACUCCUGAAACCUGAUGUAGUGGUUUAACUGGCGAUCAUCACGCCUCCUGAUCAACUUCUCCUUUACCAGCCAUAUAUGCCAAAAGUAGUAAGAACAUUUGCCCUUUCUGCUACUUUGAUUUUUACUUUUCACACUGAUGGGCAAAGUCUUUUGUAAGGAUCCCAACUGGUAACCAACAGUCUCAUGUGGUGAAUGUUUACUAUGUGGAUUUAUAAAGAUAACAAUUUCAAAAUGUA